AUGGUCCUUCUGUUGAUCCUGUCAGUCCUGCUUUUGAAAGAAGAUGUCCGUGGGAGCGCACAGUCCAGUGAGAGGAGGGUGGUGGCUCACAUGCCUGGUGACAUCAUUAUCGGGGCUCUCUUUUCUGUCCACCACCAGCCCACUGUGGACAAAGUUCAUGAGCGGAAGUGUGGGGCAGUUCGUGAACAGUAUGGCAUUCAGAGGGUGGAGGCCAUGCUGCACACCCUGGAAAGGAUCAACUCAGACCCCACGCUCUUGCCCAACAUCACCCUGGGCUGCGAGAUCAGGGACUCCUGCUGGCAUUCGGCCGUGGCCCUAGAGCAGAGCAUUGAGUUUAUAAGGGACUCCCUCAUUUCUUCAGAAGAAGAAGAAGGCUUGGUGCGCUGUGUGGAUGGCUCUUCCUCUUCCUUCCGCUCCAAGAAGCCCAUAGUCGGGGUCAUCGGGCCUGGCUCCAGUUCUGUGGCCAUUCAGGUCCAGAACUUGCUCCAGCUUUUCAACAUACCUCAAAUUGCUUACUCGGCAACAAGCAUGGAUCUGAGCGACAAAACUCUGUUCAAGUACUUCAUGAGGGUCGUGCCUUCAGAUGCCCAGCAGGCACGGGCCAUGGUGGACAUAGUGAAGAGGUACAACUGGACCUAUGUGUCAGCGGUGCACACAGAAGGCAACUAUGGAGAAAGUGGGAUGGAAGCGUUCAAAGAUAUGUCAGCCAAGGAAGGGAUUUGCAUCGCUCACUCUUACAAAAUCUAUAGCAACGCGGGGGAGCAGAGCUUCGACAAACUGCUGAAGAAGCUCAGGAGUCACCUGCCCAAGGCCCGGGUGGUGGCCUGCUUCUGCGAGGGCAUGACGGUGAGAGGUCUGCUGAUGGCCAUGAGGCGCCUGGGGCUGGCAGGAGAAUUUCUGCUUCUGGGCAGUGACGGCUGGGCUGACAGAUACGAUGUGACAGAUGGAUAUCAGCGAGAAGCUGUUGGUGGCAUCACAAUCAAGCUCCAAUCUCCUGAUGUCAAGUGGUUUGAUGAUUAUUAUCUGAAGCUCCGGCCGGAAACAAACCUCCGAAACCCCUGGUUUCAAGAAUUUUGGCAGCAUCGUUUUCAGUGCCGGCUGGAAGGGUUUGCACAGGAGAACAGCAAAUACAACAAGACUUGCAAUAGUUCUCUGACUCUGAGAACACAUCAUGUUCAAGACUCCAAAAUGGGAUUUGUGAUCAAUGCGAUCUAUUCCAUGGCCUAUGGGCUCCACAACAUGCAGAUGUCCCUCUGUCCAGGAUAUGCGGGCCUCUGUGAUGCCAUGAAGCCAAUCGAUGGACGGAAACUUUUGGACUCCCUGAUGAAAACCAAUUUUACUGGGGUUUCUGGAGACAUGAUCCUAUUUGAUGAGAAUGGAGACUCUCCAGGAAGGUAUGAAAUAAUGAAUUUCAAGGAAAUGGGAAAAGAUUAUUUUGAUUAUAUCAAUGUUGGAAGCUGGGACAACGGAGAAUUAAAAAUGGAUGAUGAUGAAGUAUGGUCCAAGAAAAGCCACAUCAUCAGAUCCGUGUGCAGUGAACCGUGUGAGAAAGGCCAGAUAAAGGUGAUCCGGAAGGGAGAAGUCAGCUGCUGUUGGACCUGCACACCUUGUAAAGAGAACGAGUAUGUCUUUGAUGAGUACACCUGCAAGGCAUGCCAGCUGGGGUCCUGGCCCACGGAUGACCUUACAGGUUGUGAUUUGAUCCCAGUACAGUAUCUUCGCUGGGGUGACCCUGAGCCCAUUGCAGCUGUGGUGUUUGCCUGCCUCGGCCUGCUAGCCACCCUGUUUGUCACCGCAGUCUUCAUCAUUUACCGUGAUACACCAGUAGUCAAGUCCUCCAGCAGGGAACUCUGCUACAUUAUCCUUGCUGGCAUCUGCCUGGGCUACUUAUGUACCUUCUGCCUCAUUGCAAAGCCCAAACAGAUUUACUGCUACCUUCAGAGAAUAGGCAUCGGUCUCUCCCCAGCCAUGAGCUAUUCAGCCCUUGUAACCAAGACCAAUCGUAUUGCAAGGAUCCUGGCUGGCAGCAAGAAGAAGAUCUGUACCAAAAAGCCCAGAUUCAUGAGUGCCUGUGCCCAGCUAGUGAUUGCUUUCAUUCUCAUAUGCAUCCAGCUGGGCAUCAUCAUCGCCCUCUUUAUAAUGGAGCCUCCCGACAUAAUGCACGACUACCCAAGCAUUCGAGAAGUCUACCUGAUUUGUAACACCACCAACCUAGGAGUUGUCACUCCUCUUGGAUACAAUGGAUUGCUGAUUUUGAGCUGUACCUUCUAUGCUUUCAAGACCAGAAAUGUUCCAGCCAACUUCAACGAGGCCAAGUAUAUCGCCUUCACAAUGUACACCACCUGCAUUAUAUGGCUGGCCUUUGUGCCCAUCUACUUCGGCAGCAACUACAAAAUCAUCACCAUGUGUUUCUCAGUCAGCCUCAGCGCCACAGUGGCCCUCGGCUGCAUGUUUGUGCCGAAGGUUUACAUCAUCCUGGCCAAACCAGAGAGGAACGUGCGCAGCGCCUUCACCACGUCCACGGUGGUGCGCAUGCAUGUGGGGGAUGGCAAGUCCUCCUCGGCAGCCAGCAGAUCCAGCAGCCUGGUCAACCUGUGGAAGAGGAGGGGCUCCUCUGGGGAAACCCUAAGGUACAAAGACAGGAGACUGGCCCAGCACAAGUCGGAAAUAGAGUGUUUCACCCCCAAAGGGAGUAUGGGGAAUGGUGGGAGAGCAACAAUGAGCAGCUCCAAUGGAAAAUCUGUCACGUGGGCGCAGAACGAGAAGAGUAGCCGGGGGCAGCACCUGUGGCAGCGGCUGUCCAUCCACAUCAACAAGAAAGAGAACCCCAACCAAACUGCCGUCAUCAAGCCCUUCCCCAAGAGCACGGAGAGCCGCGGCCUGUGCGCGGGCGGCGCGGGCAGCGGCGCGGGCGCGGGCGGCGCAGGCGCGGGAGGAGGCGGGCCCGAGCCCCCGGACGCCGGCCCCAAGGCUUUGUACGACGUGGUGGAGGCCGAGGAGCACUUCCCCGCGCCCGCGCGCCCGCGCUCGCCGUCGCCCAUCAGCACGCUGAGCCAGCGCGCGGGCUCGGCCGGCCGCACGGACGACGACUUGCCGUCGCUGCACUCGGAGCCCGCGGCGCGCAGCAGCUCGUCUCAGGGCUCGCUCAUGGAGCAGAUCAGCAGCGUGGUGACCCGCUUCACUGCCAACAUCAGCGAGCUCAACUCCAUGAUGCUGUCCACCGCCGCUCCCGGCCCCGGCGCGGGCGCCCCGCUCUGUUCGUCCUACCUGAUCCCCAAAGAGAUCCAGCUGCCCACCACCAUGACCACGUUCGCCGAGAUCCAGCCGCUGCCCGCCAUUGAGAUCACCGGUGGCGCGCAGCCCGCGGCCGCGGCCCCGCCGGCUGGGGGCGCUGCCAGGGAGCCCCCGUCGGCCGGGCCCGAGGCUGCGGCCGGCAAGCCGGACCUGGAGGAGUUGGUGGCUCUCACCCCGCCGUCCCCCUUCAGAGACUCGGUGGACUCGGGGAGUACCACUCCCAACUCGCCAGUGUCCGAGUCGGCCCUCUGUAUCCCAUCGUCUCCCAAAUACGACACACUUAUCAUAAGAGAUUACACUCAGAGCUCCUCGUCCUUGUGA